AUGUCUACACCACAGUACACGCUUCCUCCGCUCCCCUAUGCAUAUGAUGCAUUGGAGCCGCACAUUUCUGCUCAGAUCAUGGAGCUGCACCAUAGCAAGCACCAUCAGACGUACAUCACCAAUCUGAAUGGUCUACUCAAGACCCAGGCAGAAGCUGUCUCGACCCUCGACAUCACAUCUCAGGUUUCGAUCCAGCAAGGCAUCAAGUUCAACGCUGGCGGCCACAUCAACCAUUCCCUCUUCUGGCAGAACCUUGCUCCAGCCAGUUCUAACGAGGCCAAGAGCUCCGCUGCACCUCAGCUCAUCAAGCAGAUCAAGGCCACUUGGGGCGAUGAAGACAAGUUCAAGGAGGCCUUCAACACUGCUCUGCUGGGCAUCCAGGGCAGUGGUUGGGGCUGGCUCGUCAAGACCGAAGUUGGCAAGGAGCAGCGACUCUCCAUUGUGACGACCAAGGAUCAGGAUCCUGUUGUAGGCAAGGGCGAGACUCCCAUCUUUGGUGUCGACAUGUGGGAACAUGCAUACUAUCUGCAGUACCAGAAUGGCAAGGCAGCCUAUGUGAAGAACAUCUGGAACGUGAUCAAUUGGAAGACGGCCGAGGAACGGUACUUGGGAUCGCGCGCCGACGCGUUCAGUGUGCUCAAAGCGUCGAUCUGA